AUGGCCUUUCCAUUCUUGCGGGCCUUUGCGGUGCUCUUUGUGUAUCGCUACUUUCGCCUUGUGGUGAAUUUAGUUUCCUUCUGGACAUUUAAGCCGAUCCCGCCCCCAGAGUCCCCGAAAUUGACUUCCCAAGAUGUCUCGGUUAUUAUCCCCUCCUUGGAGGGCUGCGGGGAGGAGUUGGUGGAAACAAUCCGGUCGAUCUUAGAAAAUCAACCCUUUGAGAUUCUCCUAGUGACAAUUGAGGCCAAUCGGAAGAAGGCCGAGAGUAUGUUGCGUGUGAUGCCGGCGUCGAAAUCCCGAAUUCGCCUCUUCACGGUCACGCACCCCAACAAGCGUCGCCAAAUGACCAGGGCAAUCCCGGAAGUCCGCACGGCAAUCACCUUGCUGGCCGACGACGACGUGAGCUGGCCGUCGACCGUGCUGCCUUGGAUCCUGGCACCAUUCGAAAAAGACGAACGAUAUGGAGGCGUGGUGACCUGCCAACGUCUGCGUCGAGCUAUCUCGCCUUCCCUCUCACAGCGUAUCUGGGGGUACCUUGGAGCCUUGUAUCUGGAGCGACGCAACUUCGAUUGCGGGGCUACGACCAAUCUAGAUGGAGGAUUGCCAUGCAUGUCGGGCCGGACGGUGGCUUAUCGAACUAAGAUCCUCCAAGACGAGGGUUUUACUUAUGCUUUUACGAACGAGGAGUGGUGGUGGGGGAAGUACCAGCUCAAUGCCGAUGACGAUAACUUCAUCACCCGAUGGAUGGUUUCCCAUGGCUGGGAGACUUAUAUGCAGUACCACCCUGAGGCAGAGGUGCUCACUACAUUGGAGGAUAACCCCCGAUUUUUGAAGCAAUGCGCGCGUUGGUCUCGAAGCAAUUGGCGGAGCAAUCUGUCCAGUAUGUUUCACGAGAAGCACAUUUGGUAUCGUCAGCCCUGGAGCUCAUAUGCUGUACACCUGACAACCUUGUCGCCUCCCGCUCUCCUGGGUGACUUGUUAUUGGUUUGGCUGUGCCACCGCGGGACCGCUCCGUGGGGUGAUGUGCUUCAUAGUCGGGCUAUGAAUAUGCUCCUCCUAUGGGUGUUUACGAGCAAAUUUAUUAAGCUACUGGGCCAUUAUAUCCGGUAUCCGGUAGAUGUGUUCCUCUUGCCGAUCUCCGUGCUCUUUGGUUAUUUCCACGGCGCGAUCAAGAUGUACGCGGUGAUGACACUUAAUGUGACCACAUGGGGUAGCCGUGAUGGCGCUGAUGAUUAUGACGCGGAGCGCAUGAAGAAACGUACCGCUGCCGAUCGCAAAAAGCAACAAUACCCCUACUACCCCAGCUAUCUCACCAGAUGA